AUGAGUCUGAUCAACAACACCGGACGCACCCCCGACGCUCAACACUCAGGAGUCCUAGAUCCCUUUAUUGAGCGUCUCCUACAUUCAGAACCACCUCAUCUAACGUCUCGAGGGAACGUCUGGUCGGAGCUCGAGUCGUCCCUUAGGAGGGCAACGCUUCGCAUUCGAAUCGUCAUAGGGAUUAGGACGAAUUCGCUCGACCUGGGUCUCGUUGUGCACCGAAUGGAGCACGAAGCGCAGACUGCGACGCUGGAGUGCGACCACGGAGAGGCUGCCAAAGGGGGAGAACGAAGCACGCCGAAUGACGGGUAUAUAAGAGGCAGCGCUAGAGGGAGAGUCCUCCAGACAAGCCUCCUCAUCGUCUACUCUCCCCUCAAAGUCAGCCGCACAACACACAACUCCUAUCCAACCCACGAAAUGUGCACGUUCACAAGCACCGACGGUAGGGCGACCCCCAACAUCAAAGUCAGCGAUUGUGGUCAGUCUAUCUGCCCGUCUUCGGUCAACUACAACCCUGGCGCGCCGAAGAAGGACACCUCCCGCAGGGGCAAGGACGGGAAGGGCGGAAGCAGCGGCGGCAGAGGCGGCAGCUCCGGCACCACCAAGGCCUAAGCGCUCAACGCUCCUCACCACUGGCAGUCGCGCCGCACAAAGUCCCCGCGGCGCAUCGUUCUUGUCUCCCUAACGUGUCCCUCGAUGUCUGAUCGCUGUACUACUACUAUGCCCCCAUCUUUGUGUGUAACUGUCGCUUGAAAUCGUAUUGUCUGUGUUCCGAACUU